AUGACUGUUUUGCCCAAGCUCUCGACAGGUCUAGAUGUCAACGUGCGCUUCACAGGAGUGUCAGAUUUCGAGUACACCCCCAGAAUGCAUCGUCUUCGACCUCCUCAACAUACCGCUGUACCACGGUUGGCUGGUCGACCCCCAGAGUCCAGAAGCGGUCAGAGCGGUGGGCAAGCUAAGUUACAACCAGUUGGUGGAAAAGAUUAUAAUGUGCAAGCAUUCGAACGACCCCAGCCAGGUGACCGAAGGCCUUCUUGCGGAACAGUUCCUGGAGUCUUCAGCAGCACAGCUGACUGACCUAUCACGGCUUAUGCGAACUGAUGGCCUCGCUCUGUCAAGGAGGGCGAGGCUCAGCGUCUUCUUCCGGAACAAUCACUUCAGCACAUUGAUAAAGCACAAGGGCCACCUGUAUUUGUUGGUGACGGACCAAGGCUUUCUGCAGGAGGAGAAGGUGAUCUGGGAAAGUCUUCACAACGUAGAAGGAGACAGCUGCUUCUGUGACUCCGACUUCCACCUGACGCAGCUGGAGAAGGAGGCUCCUACAGCUCCCAGCAGCUGCAGCAGAGGCAGGUCGAUCAGGAUUACAUGAUCGCUCUGUCAUUACAACAGCAGCAGCAAGGCCCCCUGCCCAUCAGUGACCUGGAGCUGGCCAGACAGUUACAACAGGAGGAAUACCAACAGCAGCAGCAGCAGCAACAACAACAGCAGCAGCAGCCUCCCCCUGCCCCAGUAUCAGGACCGUCACAGUCCCCUGCGCAGG